GGGGAGGUCUGCACUGCCGCCCUGGUGGGAUACGGUAUUGAUAUCAUCGUCCUCCGCCGCGGGCUAUGUCGCCGUAAGACCUCUCUCUUGGCGACUCAACAACGCGGACAUUCGCUGAUAGUGACUGGGCGAAGCGAAGGCGAGCAACCUGUGCUCGGAGGAAGAUUGGAGGGAUCGUCGACGAGUUCUACGAAGGACUGAAAUCAGCAGGACCUGACUCAUGAUGAUGCAUGGUACAUCUCACUGACGAGGUUCAGAUCGACCAUGCCUCGAACCUCCCCAUAUACAGCUCUUCCCACAGGCUUGCUGGACACGUCUGACUGGCUCUGGCGCAGUCCUCGUAAAUUCCGUUCGGACGUCCUGAUCGGAAAGAUUCUGGGGUGUGAUUAUUUUUUCUCCGGAUGGGCACACCGUCAUCGCGGAAACGCACAUAGGCGGACACAUGAUGUUCAAUGAAGCGUCGGCACGGAACAAAGAAUCCGGUCUCUGAGCGGUGAUGACUCUUGAGGCCCAACAAGCACUGCCUUGACGGACACGCAGAGGCCCUGACGGACUUCCGCACGGCCUCAUGAGUUCUCUCCUUCCCAUCCGCUUCGAUAGAGAGGGGCGAUGGUAUGGCCGCGUUGGCGCAGAGCUCACAAGUCCAAGGCGACGUGCCUUUCCGUAACAUUGAUGCGGGGGCCGGGACGCGGGGAAAGGAAUGGUGUGUUUGGCCGCCUGG